GCAGUUUAUAUUCGCCGCGCCAGACUUUCAGCAGCGGGCAGCCCACAAUGCCUUCUCUUGCUCGCUCCGGCGCGCAAUUCCUGCGCUCGCGAUGUGCUCCUCGUCUGAACGCGCACCAGACGCGCGCACUCUCCAGCUCCGCAGCCCGCUGGAAGAGGUCCGACGAUGAGCUCAACUGGGUCAGCCAUGCCAUCACGCAGCCCAAGUCGCAAGGCGCCUCACAGGCCAUGCUGUACGCCACAGGCAUGGACGAGCAGGACAUGAACAAGGCCCAGGUCGGCAUCUCGUCCGUCUGGUACUCGGGCAACCCGUGCAACAUGCACCUGCUCGACCUGAACAACAAAGUAAAAGAGGGCGUACAGCGCGCGGGACUGCUAGGCAUGCAGUUCAACACCAUCGGUGUCAGCGACGGCAUCUCCAUGGGUACCAAGGGCAUGCGCUACUCGUUGCAGUCGCGCGACCUCAUUGCCGACUCCAUUGAGACCGUCAUGGGCGGCCAGUGGUACGAUGCGAACAUUUCCAUUCCAGGAUGCGACAAGAACAUGCCUGGAGUCAUCAUGGCCAUGGGUCGCGUCAACAGGCCGUCGCUCAUGGUCUACGGCGGCACCAUCCAGCCAGGCUGCGCAUCGUCAAUGCCUGCAGACAAGCAGCAGGUCGACAUCGUCUCCGCUUUCCAGGCCUACGGACAAUUCAUCACGGGCGACAUCUCCGAAGAACAGCGCUUCGACAUUAUCAGGCAUGCCUGCAACGGUCAGGGAGCCUGCGGCGGCAUGUACACGGCGAACACCAUGGCCACAGCCAUCGAAGUCAUGGGUCUUACACUCCCUGGCUCCUCAUCCAACACGGCAAACUCCAAGGGGAAGGUGCUCGAGUGUUUGGCAGCUGGAGGUGCCAUCAAGAACCUACUCAAGGAGGACAUCAGACCCAGGGAUAUCAUUACCCGAAAGUCACUCGAAAACGCCAUGGUGCUCGUCAGCGUCACUGGUGGCUCGACCAACGCGGUUCUCCACUUGAUCGCCAUAGCAGACUCGGUCGGCAUCAAACUCACCCUCGAUGACUUCCAGAGCGUCAGCGACCGUAUUCCGCUCCUCGCCGACCUUAAGCCCUCAGGCAAAUACGUCAUGGCCGACGUCCACGAUAUCGGCGGCACACCCGCGCUCUGCAAGUUCCUGCUCAAGGAAGGUCUCAUUGACGGCGACACCAUCACCGUCACCGGCAAGACCCUGAAGCAGAACCUAGAGCACGCGCAAGACUUCCCCGCCGACCAGAAGAUAUUUAGGGGACUUGAUAACCCUAUCAAGGAGACUGGCCACCUGCAGAUCCUCCGCGGUAACCUCGCACCUGGCGGCUCCGUAGGCAAGAUCACCGGCAAGGAGGGCACAAAGUUCACUGGCAAAGCCCGCUGCUACAACGCCGAAGACGAGUUCAUCACCUCGCUUGAGGCCGGCGAGUUCAAGAAGGGCGAGAAGACAGUCGUUGUCAUCCGCUACGAGGGCCCCAAAGGUGGCCCCGGCAUGCCCGAGAUGCUGAAGCCCAGCUCCGCCAUCAUGGGCGCCGGCCUCGGCCACGACGUCGCGCUCAUCACUGAUGGCCGCUUCAGCGGUGGCAGCCACGGUUUCCUCAUCGGCCAUAUCGUGCCUGAGGCGCAAGAAGGUGGACCGAUUGGUCUUGUCAAGGACGGCGACGAGAUCACCAUCGAUGCCGAAGAAAAUCUUCUGAACGUAAAUAUUAGCGACGCAGAGAUGGAGCAGAGGAAGAAGGACUAUGUUGCGCCGCCGUUGAAGUUCCGGAGGGGUACCUUGUUCAAGUACGCGCGGUUCGUCAAGGACGCGAGCCAUGGUUGCGUGACGGAUGCAGAGUAGGCGUAGCGGUUUCUUUCUUUGUCAUGACUGUAAGCUUGGUGUAUAUCUGUCAGGAGCGGCUAAAAAGUACCAUGUGCCGGAGUCAGGCAAUUUUUUUCCCCCCUUAAAUCUGGCACUUCUUUUCGUCAUAGCGACCUUGGGAAUCGAUCAAUACACUUUUCAGCCCCAAUCAUUCUGCUUGUGAUCGUGUUCCAAAUAAGACAAGAGUCUAGCCGAAUUUGCGACGAGAUGGUUAUCAAUUUUAACUA